UCGUCGUUCGAACUAACUCUCCGAGUCGCAGAGUUUCGUUCGCUCCCGGGUCAGCCCAAUAGAAGCACUAGCUCACUACAUCCGUCAGUGGUCAUUUGUGCCAAGUGUCGACGAGACUACUCAACUCACACACACAACUCAAGAUGCUGAAAUUCGUGGUAGUUUGCGCCCUCGCAGCGACCUGCGCCCUGGCCGCCCCGGCCCAGGAGCAGCAGCAGCCCUCGCUCUUCGAGCAGGCCUACGACGUCUACAGCUCGUGCUCGGCUGAGGCCGAUAUGGCCGUGUGCCUCAAGCUCAAGGCUCUCGGAUACGUCGACCGCGCCGCCAGGUCAGCCGAGAUCGACGUCGUCGACGGCUUCAAGAUCGUCCAGAGCGAGGAGGCCAAGAGCAGCCGCGCUGACAACGCCAGGUCGUUGAACGACAUCGAGUCCUCUCUGCCCACCGAGGUCGAGGCCAGGGAAGCCGCCGUCGACGAGGCCCUCCUCGACAGGACCGCCCGCUUCCUCUCCACCCACACCGUCGAGCUCAGCCUGCCCGAGGAAGUCUCCCGCUCCUUCGGAGAAGCCCGCGGCAAGAAGAAGAAGAUCGUCAAGUCCCUCCUGCCCAUCCUCCUGCUCCUGAAACUGAAGGCCGCCGCCCUCAUCCCCAUCGCCCUCGGUGGUCUGGCUCUCCUCGCCUUCAAGGCCCUCAUCAUCGGCAAGAUCGCCCUGAUCAUCAGCGCCGUGAUCGCUCUGCAGAAGCUCCUUGGACAGAAGCACCAGAGCUACGAGGUCGUCGCCCACGAGGUGCCCCACCACCACGAUGAGCACCACGGCAGCGGAUGGGCCCGAUCGCUCGAGAUGGCCUACAGCGCCCACAAGCCCAGCAGUGCCUAAGAACUUCUAUUAUCUACCCUAAUCUUCUAUUCUCGUCCAGGGCGUUUCAUCACAUAUCUCAGCGCGUGACCGGGACACUCUGAGCAGAUUCCCACACUGCCAUACAUCUAUAUGUCUCUCUCACUCUACUCUCUACUCUGUAACUGCCAUAUCAGCUCUGCGACUCGAGACAAGACACGACGACGAUCACGACUGUUUCUUGUCGACCUCGACUGACUCUGACUUGUGCGACUUACUUGGACUGAACGACGAACGGAUGUUGUUGUUGUUGUUGUUGUUGGUUGGACGUCGAGUUGUUGUUAUUUUUUUAUGCACUUCGACGGACAAUGUUGUUAAAGUUUGGACGAGACUGCACGACCGAUGACUGUACUGUACGACGAGAGUUUCUCAUUGACAAGACUGUACACGCGACGAGACGCGUACACGUGAACUUUGGACAGUGACGAUGAAGACACCUGUGCUUCGAACUUCUUCUUCUUCUUCUAUCUUCGACGAACUGACGAGACUUCUUCCUCUAUGCCAUACCUCUUCAUCUCUCGUUGCUAAGUUAUAUUAUUUAUUGAGGAAAAAAAAAACAAUCGACGGGGACUAGACUGAAGCGGUCACGCGCACGCGCACCUUGCAUCAUCCCUCCGGGGUCAUCGACGUCGUUCCAUGUUGGUAACGAUGGCUCGAUCGGCUCUUAGUCAGCAUUCAUCGCAUCUACACGCCACAGAGAUUAUUUGUGUCCAAUGAUUAUUUAAAUAUUUAA